UAAUCCCAUUAUUAAAUGUAAUAUUUCUACUCACUCUCACUCUGAGUCUCAAUUUUCUCACCAUUUUCAUUCUCCAUUUUUUCUCUGUUAAAUGCUCUUAAGAUUUCGCAUUUUCUCAGGUUCUUCAAUUACGAUUGGGGAUUCUGAAUUUUGUUCUGUUACGAUUGGGAAAUCGGAGGAGGGAGAUGUUGAACCGAGUUUCUCAUUUGAAAAUUCCCCUAAAUUCUCAGUCCUAAUUCCGAUGAGGGAGAUCUUAGUGGCUUAAUGCUCCCUACUCACAACUCACAACAAUGGCCAAUUCAUCUCAAGCUGUAAAUCCUAACACUGUGACAAAGUUAGGCUCAACCAAUGUUCAAACUAAGAUUGCAGAUGAUGAUGAUCAGCGGUUUCUUUUGUUCUUUGUGAUUGGUACUUACUUUGGACCUGAUCUUAAAGGGGGUUUCCCUAAAAAGUCCAUCUUGCAGAGAAUUGCUGAGGGGCUUCCACCUUAUACUUCUGAUCAGCUAGCUGGGUCAUCACAUAUGGAAAUAGUAGAGGUAGAGCGUAUUUACCGUUAUGUUCUUAGGAAGGCUGACCAAUCUGCUGUUGUAAAAUUACCUUUGUUGCUCCAAUUCUUUGAUGGUAUUGUCCCUAAAAAUGGAAACGCCAACUGCCCUCAGUUUCCCGAUCUCUUUCCUCCUUUACUUCAUCGCCAUUCACUGAACCAAUACCGAAACAAGAUUAUAGAAAACAUAGUAUUUGUUAACAACCCAGACAUAUAUUACAUUGACAGAGAGGAUGUUGAAAGAUUCAGGAGGUUAACCGGACUGCAUGAUGUUCUUUUGGAUGAAGAUGCUGCAAGGUUGCAUACUAUUGAUGGUGUCAUUUCACAUAGUGCAGCAGUUCCAGUGGAUGAGAUUAAUGGAGGCCUUUCUCGUUCCAAAUCCUCACAAAGGAAUAGGAAAACUAGAUGUGUAGACAAGCUUCUUAAGAUGGAUGGUUCCCUUAAACAUGACAUGGCUAGUCCAGCGAUGAUAUUUCUUCCUUCGCUUCCAACUGCAUCAGAAUUGUCUAAAAUAGUAGCUGCUACUAAGAAUGGAUUUGCAUUGACUGGGAGUGCAGCAGCGGGACCUGUUGGGCCAACUGUAGGACUCGUGGACAUUGGGGAAUGUGAGGACUCUUACAUCUUUCGCAUUUCCCUUCCAGGAGUGAAGAGAGAUGAAAGUGAUUUUAGUUGUGAAGUUUCAAGUGAGGGCGAGGUAUUAAUACGCGGGGCUACUACAACGGGUGAGAAGACAGUACACAGGUACUCCCAAAUGUUCGAAAUGCAAACGCAGAAUUUAUGCCCUCCAGGACGGUUCUCUAUCUCUUUUAAACUCCCCGGUCCAGUUGAUCCUCAACAAUUUUCUGGUAAAUUUGGCAUUGAUGGGAUUCUCGAAGGCAUUGUACUGAAAGAAAAUCUGCAGAUGAAAUGAAAAUUAUGCCUUUUAUCUAACAUUGCCUCUUAAUACUGAAACAAUUUGUUGUGUAGAGUCAAAGAAUACUACUUUGAUGUUUGUCAUUUUGUCAAGUAAAUAAUGUUAAUUUUACCCUUAUAUAGUC